GGCCGGCGUGCGGGGUGCGCCCCGGCCGCGGGGGGCCCUUCCCAGCCUUAGCUGCGGGAGGAGCCGCGGCGCGGGCCGCCUCGGGAGCUGGGUCGCUGGGGCCGGCUGGGUGGCAGAGCCCUUCUCGGGGCGCGCGGCGAGACCCCGCGCGCGGCCCCCGCGCUCCCUCCGCAGGUGCCUCCCGCAGACGCCAGCCCGCUGUCCGGCCCGCAGCGCGCCCCCGGGGCUCCCGUCCCGGCUCCCCCGCGCCCUCCUCCUGCGCCCCACUCCCGGCCCCGCACCGAAAACCACGCGAGCAGGGGUGCGGCGUGGGGAGGGGAGCCGGGGCCGCGCAGGGCAGGCGGGGGGCUGCUGCUGCGGGACGGAGCCGUGGGGGAGGCCCCGCUCGCGGGAGGCUCCUCGCCAAGCUCUGGGCGUAGUUCCCGACCGCUCGGUGCUGGAGAGCGGGAGCAGCGGCGGCAGACCUGCUUGCGAGCUAGCGCAGCCCCGCGAGAGCGCCGGCGACCCCGGCCGCGCAGCCUGGGCCGGGACGUACAGCAGGACCUCCCUCCCGCGCGCGCCUCCCGAGAUGCGCCGGAGAGAGCCUGAACCGUCGCUGGGGGUGACAGCGCGGGCUGUCGGGCCCGUAACGCUGUGGUUCUUCCCCAGGCACCGCACCUGCUGGUGUCCCGAUGGAGCAGCGUGCUGGCGGUCCCAGCGGAGAAGCCAAAGAGGAAAGUAAUGCUGUGCCUCUUUGUCGAGCCAAACCCUCCCCUAGCUUUAUUAAUCUUCCAGCAAGUUCCCCACCGGCCACUUCCCUGAACAUCCAGAAAACAAAGCCGCCCUCAGGAGUUGACCACAAGCCCACAGAAUGCCUGGGCCUCCUGGAGUGCAUGUACGCCAAUCUCCAGCUCCAGACCCAGCUCGCCCAACAGCAGAUGGCUAUUUUGGAAAAUUUACAAGCGUCCAUGACACAGCUGGCUCCCGGGAGGGCAAGCAAGAACUCUACUCUCCCAGCCUUACCCCGCAGCCUGUUGUUCAGUCACCUGCCCCAGUCCACUAAAUGACUCGUGGAACA